AUGUCGAUGAGGUUCAAUGCUCGAGCUUUGGAUGCUGCCAAUAACGCUGAUGAAGGUAGUGAAGAGAUUGAGAAAGCGUACGGCAUUACACUUGCAGCACUUGCUAAAGCUUAUGGCGAACUCGGAGAUCUGGACGCAGCGGUCACGGUAUUUAAAGACGCGGCCGAUAGGUUUCCAGACUCUGCAAAUGUGCAAUACAACUUGGCUACUAUGCACAUGGCGAGAAGCAAGAGUACUGAGGGUAAUGCUUUUGAUGCAGAAAUGCCGGAUCGGCUUUGUCAGCUGAAGCGGAAAGCUGAAGAACUAGAAUCUGCUAAUUUAACAGUGGGAAAUGAUGGAGAUAUAGAUGGACAGGAUUUUGAGGAGAUUGCUUCAAGCGAAAGGGACGAGAAUAGCGAAGACGAAGAAGAUCACGGGGACGGAGAGUAA